AUGAAAUCAGAGGCUCCAGUCAGGUCGCGCCAAGCACAGAGUACCUCCAACUGCGAUCAGUGAGAGAAGCAGAAUCUCUUCAUUCCUACCUCACAGGAGCACGCUACAACAGAAUCCCCUCGCUCGGCUCCCGCCUCCAGAACCCCACCCAACAGCGCCCGCCGACGCCCCCUGACGGCCCCUCCCCCGGAGCGACGGCCCCUCCCUACGACAAGUCGCCCUCUGUGGCCGGAGAAAAAGAAGGGGCGUCGCCCACACCCCCACAGCGCGGAGAACAUCAAGAGAAAACAAACCAAGCUCAAUGUCGUUGGGAGUCGACUUCCUAUCGGUCUGGGCAAAGACUUGGACAUGAGGAUCGCCCGAAUGCAGCGACAGGACAGCGCGCAUCAGAUGCGGGGAGCGGCGGAGGACGAGAUCUACGUGGUCAACCAACCCCCGCCCACACCCAACAGCUUGGCGCCCAUCAAGGACGAAGCGACGGAGAUGAAAGAAGAGGAGGAGGAGAAACAAGAAGAGGAGGAGAAACCUGAAGAGGUGGAAGAGGAGAAGGUGGUGGAGACGGUUGGUGAGAAAGAGAAAGAUAAAACUGAGCUUGGGGAAGAAGUGAGAGGUGAAGAUGUUCCGAAGGAGACGGUUGGAGCGAAGGAGGGUGACGAGGGAGGAGAGGAGGAGGAGGAGGAGGAGGAGGAAGAGGAAAAAGAGAUGAGUUUGCCGAGGGUUGUGGUUGACGUACGAGGAACUGAUGAAAGAGGAGAUAAUGAACUGGAAAACACGGAAGAAUGCAAGGAGACAAAGAAAGGGACAGAGAGAGGAGAAGAAAGUCCUGACACUGAGCCAGCUGCUGGUGGAGAAGGUAGAAAUGAAGAAGAAAAGACAGAGGAGGAAGAGGAGACAGGGGUAAUUGUUGAUGAAGCAGACCACGCAGAAGAGGAAUUACCGCGGGAAGGAGAAGAAAGCGAACAGGCAGCUGGUGAGACAGGGGAAGACAAUACAGAGGUCAAAGUCGAACGAACCAAGUCCCCAACUGCAGGAAUGUCCGAAGCGCCAAAUGAAGCAAAGGCAGCAGAAGAGAUUGGUUUGCUACAAGGCGAGACCUCUGGCGAGGGCGUUGUCGGGGAUGCUGGGGAGACGGAGAGAGAAGACGGCAAUGUCAAAACUGAUGAUGAAGAAGUGAAUGAGAACGUUGAGAAGGACGAAACACAAGAAGAAGAAGAAGUUGGGGCAAAAGAUUCUGUGGUUGAAGAGACACCGGAAAUGAACAAUUCUGAAGAAGAAGAAGAAGAAGAAGAAGAAGAAGAAGAAGGCUGUAAAUCCAGUAAAGAGGUGAGGUUCUUCAUCACUGAAGAGGCGGCGAUUGUCAAAGGAGGGGAUAAUGAAGACGAGGAAGAGGUUAAAGAACAAGAAGAAGAGGCAGAAAAUUCGUGAUCCUGAGAAAGAAAAUGAUUAGUUGUUAUUGUUGGGGGUUUUUCUCUUUGUGUUAUAAUAUUUCUUUGUUAUAGGAUAAUAUCUCGUUUCUACCGAGGAUCCAUGGCGUGUAUAAGAAUGGAUUGUGUAAAAGAGGACGUUUGAUGGAAGAUGUUGACAGUGCGACGAGAUAAUAGAUUAUAAUAAAUUACUCAUUACAGAAUUAUUCGCACUGUUAGCACGUCUGAAUACAAAUGUUUAAAAUGUUAUACUGACCUUAUCAUGUUGUUUAAGUCAACGAGCGAGACAGGUGGGCUGUGAGAAGAGAGAGAGAGAGAGAGAGAGAGAGAGAGAGAGAGAGAGAGAG